AUGAGCCACUUGCUGGUGGCGCUCGCGUUGUUGACGGCGGAGGCGGCCCAUGCGCAACUGCGGCCGGCCGACGCGCCGCCGCCUCUAAACGACACACGAUGCGGUUCCGAAUGCGUGAGAUGUUCAGCUGACGGAUGCAUUAAAUGUGCGCGGCUUCUCAUAUGGCCAGGGGGCUCGUGCGCUCACGAGUGUCCACCAGGGACUCGGGAAUCUUGGGCACACGAUGACCAGCUCAUGGGCAGAGUCUGCUACCCAGGACAUGUGUAUCACGAAAUAUUAAUUGGCGGCGCGUGUGGAGUAGCUGCCUGUAUAAUUUUGGUAGCUGUGGGGGCUGCCUACGCACGUUGCAAGAAAAGGCCGCACGCGCACCCUCUACCGCAACCGAAUCACGAUGACGACGCGCAACUUAGAGAAUUUCACAAACAGCUGGACUGUUUACGACCUCACGCAUACACUCUGCUAGCUAUACUCAACCACACGAGACACCAGGUGCGAGAGCUCUACCAGCUCGGGAAUAAUGAUGCUGCAAUGGCUUAUAGCUGUGUCUUGAGUGAUCUGGCAAAGCUUCUAAUACUGCUGAACAAGCAGCAGAUACCUGUGGUGCCUGAAGAAUGGUCUCGACUUGCGAGCUGGGCUGAUCGAAUACUCAAACGCUACAGUCGUCUCGGUAUUAAUCAGUCAUGUCAACAAACGGAACUCGUGAACUUGUCGUCCCCACCGAGCCAGCGGUCAGAUGACACCACUCAAUCAUUCUCCACCUUUAAACCCCCCUCAUACUCUCCCUCAUCCUAUGAUAGUCAUAUUUUAGAUAAGGAAAACGCGUGGAGUGGAAGACCACCAAGCUACUCUCAAAUAGAAUCAGAGUCCAUAGUACUCACAGAUCCCUGGGAGAGACGACCAAUUGUAAGAAGAGAAAGUGUUUGGCUAGAAGACGAGUUAUUUGAGAUGACCAGGCGACCCCAAGACGAACUUACCACAGAGUUGUAG